GCUCAACCCAUGAGACCCCAAUAUAGCCCUCACCUCGAACGCCACCCCGGCUUUCUCAUCUCCUGCGAAUUGCGAUUCCAAAAAAGAUUCGUUCAUUAAUUCGACAAAGAUCGCUCCCCCCGGCCUUACCGACUCCGAAUACCGCGGCGACGCGAGACUGAUGGAGAGAGAGAAGAGACCGUUGAAAGAGACAGUGCCCGGGAGGCAUCGGAGCGGGGCGCCACCACCACCGCGGGUGCCCGGGAGGCAUCGGGGCGGGGCGGCACCUCCGGUCGCGGCGCUAGCGCCGCCGCCUCCUAGGGUUCCGCUGCGGCAGCUCUUCCGGGUGGCGUCCGUGGCUUGCGGCGUCCAGUUCGGGUGGGCCCUCCAGCUCUCGCUCCUGACGCCCUAUGUCCAGGAGCUGGGGAUCCCCCACGCGUUCGCGAGCCUGGUGUGGCUUUGCGGACCCCUCUCGGGGCUCAUCGUCCAGCCCCUUAUCGGCCACCUGAGCGACCGCUCCACCAGCUCCUUCGGCCGCCGCCGCCCCUACAUCGUCGGCGGCGCCGCCACCAUCGGCCUUUCCGUCCUCCUCGUCGGCCACUCCGCCGACCUUGGCCGCCUCCUCGGUGACCCCCCCGCCGGAUCCCGCCAUCCCCGCGCCAUCGCCGUCUACCUCCUAGGAUUCUGGCUCCUCGACGUCGGCAACAACACCACCCAGGGCCCCUGCCGCGCCCUCCUCGCCGAUCUCGCAGGGAAGGAUCACAGGAGGACUCGGAUAGCUAAUGCUUAUUUUUCACUCUUCAUGGCCUUGGGAAAUAUACUAGGCUUUGCUACUGGAUCUUAUAGUGGCUGGUUUACCAUCCUUCCCUUCACUGUCACCUCUGCUUGCAGCAUAAAUUGUGCCAACCUCAAGUCUGCUUUUCUUCUUGACAUCAUUCUUCUCAUCAUCACUACUUAUAUCAGUAUAUCAUCAGUCCAAGAAGUUCCUCUAAAUUCUAGCAGUGUGGCUCCAUACUCUGCUGAAGGAACAGAAGAGCAGCUAAACCAUGGCCAAGAGGCUUUCCUCUGGGAAUUGAUAGGAUCCUUUAGAUACCUAACAUUGCCUGUUUGGAUGGUUCUGAUUGUUACUGCACUUACUUGGAUAGGAUGGUUUCCAUUUAUUCUCUUUGACACUGAUUGGAUGGGCCGGGAGAUCUAUCGAGGCAACCCAGAUGAAGGGCAAAGAUAUCAAACUGGAGUGCGAAUGGGGGCUUUCGGUCUGAUGUUGAAUUCUGUUGUUCUGGGUUUUACUUCAAUGGUGAUCGAAAAAAUGUGUCGGAAGUUGGGAGCUGGCCUUGUUUGGGGAAUCUCAAACAUUCUCAUGUUUUUCUGCUUUGUAGCAAUGCUCAUAAUAUCUUAUAUUGCAAAAAAUACAGAUUACCAAAGCAGUGGACUUCCUUCAGUUGGCAUUGUUGUUUCUGCACUAAUUGCCUUUGCAAUACUUGGAGCACCACUGGCAGUGACUUAUAGUAUUCCUUAUGCAAUGAUUUCUAGUCGAAUUGAGUCCUUAAGGCUUGGUCAAGGAUUAGCAAUGGGCAUUCUAAAUCUUGCGAUUGUGAUCCCUCAGGCUUGUCACGAAAUUUGAAAAGAAAGGGUGUUGAUUUGGAAGAGCAAGAUGAAGGAAGAAAUUUGAAGGAGCUGAAGAGUACAUCAGAGGGGAGGAACUAGGAGGAUAAGUACCAAGGGUUAUUUGUUCUUUUUCGACAUGGGGUUAUGAUGUGCUAUUGGGUUAUGAUGUGCUAUGUGUUUUCUGGCUUCUAGUCAUUUCAUCUCAUUGUUGGAGGAAGUAAGAUGAGAGGGACAAAAAUGAUUCUUUUUAAAUCUUAAUGCGAACAAAUUAACCUCUCAUGGUACCAUAUCAUAUACUUCCUUAACUCAAUCCAGGAGCAUGUGUUGAUUGUAUAUCUUUCCAUCAAUUGCUUAAGCAAGAAGAUAGCCUUCAUUGUUGAUCCGUCAUAUAGAAAAAUUGGUUUUAUGAGAUUAUUGUAAUUUUCUAUAUGUUUGCUUUGUAAUGAAAUUAUCACUACCCUAAA